AUGUCAUUUAUAAUUAUAAUAAGACUAAGUUCUGCUAUUUGGAAUACUAUCAGUGAUUGUGAUGAAGUAUAUAAUUACUGGGAACCGGCACACUAUUUGGUGUAUAAUAAAGGUUUCCAGACAUGGGAAUAUUCACCAUUUUAUGCUAUAAGAUCUUAUUUUUACAUUAUACUACAUACUCUUCCUAUUAGACUAGUAAAUACAUUGGUAACAGAAAAUAAGAUCAUACAGUUUUAUGUGGUAAGAAUAGUAUUAGCUCUUGCCUGUUCUUCUUGUGAAAUAUAUUUUUAUAAGGGAGUUUCAAAGCAGUUUGGUAUUAAUACUAAUCGCAUUACUCAAUGGUUUUCAUUAUUUAGUGCGGGUAUGUUUGUAGCUACACCAGCCUUCUUACCAAGUAGUUUUUCUAUGUAUUUAACAUUUCUAUCUAUGGGUGCAUGGUUCAAUGGAAAUAUAAAGGUUGCAAUAUUAGCAACAGCAGCAAGUGCCAUAAUAGGAUGGCCAUUUGUUGGUGUUUUAGGGUUACCAAUAGCCUUAGAUAUUAUUAUAAGACAGAAGAAACUGUUGGUAUUUAUUGGAUGGAGUUUAAUCUCUUUAAUUGUGUUUUUAGUACCUAUGGUUAUUAUAGAUAGUCAGUAUUAUGGUAAAUUAGUUAUUGCUCCCCUCAACAUAGUUUUAUAUAAUGUUUUUAGUCCACAUGGUCCUGAUUUAUAUGGUGUUGAGCCUGUAUCUUACUAUGUUAUCAAUGGUUUUUUAAACUUUAACGUAGUAUUUCUAGCAGCAUUAGUUUCUCUUCCUGUUGUAGUAAGUAUACAUUUCAUCAUUUAUUAUUUUAUGAUACAAUUAAUAUCUGUUUCAGAAAUUCCUGUACCAUUAGCAUUAUCACCAAUGUAUUUAUGGCUAUUGAUUUUCUUUUCCACUCCUCAUAAGGAAGAAAGAUUUUUAUUUCCUAUUUACCCAUUCUUUGCUCUGGCUGGUGCUUUAUGUGUUGAUCAGAUACAGGUUAGACUUUUUCUUUCUAUAAGAUACAGUUCCUUGAGAUUAUACUGUUCAAUAUUUAGUAAAGGAUCUGGUAUGAAAUAUAGUGAAUAUUCUAAUUGGAUACCGUUAUCAAUCGGUUGUGUAUUUACAUUAUUAUCAGCAUUCCGUAUACUAGCAUUAUAUCAAGGUUAUCAUGGAUCUAUGGACAUCUAUAUGCAGUUAAAUCGUAUAUCUAAAGAUAACAAAAUACAUACAAUGUCUUUUAAUAAAGUAGUAAAUAUCUGUGUUGGUAAAGAAUGGUAUAGAUUCCCUAGCUCUUUCUUUCUACCAGAUAAGAAUUGGCAUUUACGAUUUUUAAAAUCUGAUUUUGGUGGUCAAUUACCAAAAGAAUAUGAUAGCAGUAUAAAUGGCACUAAAAUUAUACCUACUGAUAUGAAUGAUAUGAAUUUAGAAGAAGAAAGUAGAUAUUUUGAUGUUAAAAAGUGUCAUUAUAUAAUAGAUUUAGAUCUGUCAUCUGUUUCACCAGACCAUCAAUAUACAGGAUCAUAUCAUUGGAAAACAUUACUAUCUAUACCAUUUCUAGAUUCUACUAGAUCUCAUCGUUUCUUCCGAGCAUUUUACAUUCCUAACUUAUCACGGAAAUAUUGUACUUAUGUUGAUUAUAACUUACUACAGUUUACCAAACUAUCUAAACUAAGUCAUUAG